UCAUCACCUCCAACCACAUCACCACCUCCAUCCACAUCAUCACCACCUCCAACCACAUCAUCACCACCUCCAACCACAUCACCACCUCCAUCCACAUCACCAUCACCUCCAACCACAUCAUCACCACCUCCAUCCACAUCACCGCCUCCAACCACAUCACCAUCACCACCUCCAUCCACAUCACCGUCACCACCUCCAACCACAUCACCACCUCCAACCACAUCAUCACCACCUCCAACCACAUCACCAUCACUACCUCCAACCACAUCACCACCUCCAACCCCAUCAUCACCACCUCCAUCCACAUCACCAUCACAACCUCCAACCACAUCACCAUCUCCAUCCACAUCACCACCUCCAACCACAUCACCAUCACCACCUCCAUCCACAUCACUAUCUCCAACCUCAUCACCACCUCCA